CGACGUGCGCAGGCGCCGAUACGAUGCCAACUCGGGGGUCAUCACAGUCCCUUAUAUAUUAGUCAGGAUUUACCAGAACAAUCAGUGUUCUACGGACAUACAAAACAAUCAAACAAAAUGUUCAAAUUGCUGAUAUUCGUCGCUCUCCUGGCUUUCGCCACAGCCAAGCCCCUGGUGUACACAGCUCCAAUCGCUGCAGCCUACACUGCGCCUCUAGCUGCAUACUCAGCGCCUGUUGCUUACUCUGCAUACAGCGCUUACUCUCCGGUCGCUUACUCCGCCUACACUUACGCGUCACCGUAUUCGUACUACCUUUGAGCUUUGGACCCCCUUGUAAAGAAUGCUACGAUUUAAUGGAUUUCGAUAAACGAGUAUUUAUUUUUUGGCAAUAAAUUUACUGUCUAUUAA